AUGACCCCAAAAAACCUAAUACCCAAAAUUAACUACGUACUAAAGGAGGCGGAUGCAAUUACAAAAUUACCAAGAGAAAAGAUUCCAUAUAAGGAUCCACGAAAAGCAAUUGAAGACUGGAUUUCACCCGAUGAGUCAUUCUUGGAAAGUUCAGAAGAAGUUGAAUUGUCAGAAUUUGUUUUUAACGAACCUGAACCCGUUAAAAGUUUACAUAAACCAGUAAAUUGGAAUGCAUAUCACGUUCCUUUUAAAUCUCCGUAUGCUAGUUACGGCGGCGUAGAUAAGCGUAUUGCUUCUGCUUACCAAGUCAGACCUAGGGAUAUUUACAAUCUGAUUUCUGAUUUAGAUAUUUCUAAAAUACAAGAAUAUCCUACAAAUUUUAAAAAACUUCUUAAAGUCAUUUUACAAAUUUGUCAAUCAGAAAGUGUCGGUAGUAGUAAAUUAUCAACGCUAUAUACAAUAUUAAAAGCCUUUAAUAAUUCACCUCCUUCUGAAAAUUUAGUAGAUAUUAUUUUGAAACUUAUGAAAAUUUUAUCUAAACACUCUAAUGUUAACACCUCGUAUGAAUUUUCUAAGACAGUUGAUAGUGUAAAAGAUAUUACCAAUAUUAUUUUAAAAAUUAUACACCAAAGCAAAAAGAACUCUGACGUUACAGAUCCACUGAAGGUUAUAAUUCCCAUUAUAGAAACUCUUCCUAAUACAUAUCAAAAGAAAAUUUUUAAAAAUCUAUUAACAGCCGAUCAAAGUCAUACUGUAAAGAAUACUUUUCAAGAUCAUUCGUCUUCUAAUUUGUCUCCCAAAAAGUAUCAUGAUUUGCUACCCCAAAUAGCGUUAAAACUAUAUCGUCGGAAUCCGAAACAUUUUAAAACUCUAAGUCAAAUUAUGUAUCUACUAGCGGGUUCUAAUUUAGUUAAAUAUAAUAAAAACUCAAAAGGAGUAAUACAGUUUAUUUUACGGCAGCUAAGCCUAUCAGGUAUAAACAAUGCAGUAUAUCGCUUAGGACAUACAGUCCUUUCGCCUACUAAUGCUAAACAACAUUUUGACAAAACCUGGAAAUUCGAAAUCCCAAAAAGAUUCAGGAGAAUCUUACUUAUCUUUUACGAUUCACGUUAUAAAGACACAAACAAAACUUUGAAAAAAUCUGAAAAUCUUAAAAUUUUGAAGAAAGCUAAACAUAAGAAAACUUUGAAAAACGCUGAAAAUAUGAGAAUUUGGACAAAAGCUGAUAAUUCAAAAUCUCAAGAAGAUUCACCAGAAUCCAACUUAUCAUUUUACAACUCUCGUCAUAAAGAUACAGACCAAAUUUUGAAUAAAUCUGAAAAUCUUAAAAUUAUAAAAAAAUCUAAACCUAAAAACCCUUUGACAAAUGACAAUAAGAAAAUGUUGAAUCUGAAAACAAAAUCUGAAAAUUUGGAAUCCCCAAAACAUGCAGGAGAAUCCUACUCAUCAUUUUAUGAUUCUCAUUACAAAGUCACAAAGAAAACUUUGACAAAAUCAGAAAAGAAAGCAAAACAUAAAAAAGCUUUGACUAAUACUAAAAAUAAGAAAAGUUUAAGAAAACCUGAAAAUUCGAAAUCACAAAAAGAUUCAGCAGAAUAUUACACACAAUUUUCCUAUCCUUUUCGUAAAGAUAGAACAGAUAAAACUUUGACAGAACCUGGAAAUUCAAAAUUCCAAAAGCCAACUCCAUUUUACUCUUCCGGUUAUGAAGAUAAAACAUACAAAACUUUGAAAAGCUCUGAACUUCACAAUAUUUUAAAAAGAACUAAGCAUAAAAAAAUUUCGACAAAUACUUACAAUACGAAAUCUUGGACAACAUCCGAUGCUCUUAAUAAUUCCGCCAAUAUAAAUGAAUCCUUUUAUCCUGCCAGCAUUUUGGGAGACUCUCAUCAAUAUCUAGGAAACGACGAAUCAAGUUCAAAUAGCUUAUUAACUAAUAAACCGUUGAAUAAUAAUAUGUAUCUUCAAAUUUUAAAAAUAGUAUCGGAUACAGCAAACAACCCAGAUCCUUCUACGUUCGAUGAUCAUUCUGUAUUGUUUGGUUCUGAUCUUACAGGAUUGGCUCCCUAUAACAUGUUACCGUGUAACCGGUCUGCACCUAUCGAACUACCCUCAUCACUAGAUACAGUUAACCCUUUCAAAAUAUCGAAAAAAGAUGCCAUAGGAAGGUGUACCCACUGCAAAUAA